AUGGAUGACUUUCUGAACUUGGAAUUGCUCUCACUCGUGUCCAAGGUUACCUCAGAACUUCAGAACCAUGUCGGCGUCAGUGACAAGACCCUGGCCGAGUUCCUCAUCGCCCAACGCAUCGACAGCAAAAACAUCGACGAGUUUCGAACAAAGCUGGAUGGGCUCGGCGCUGACUUUCCGCCCAGUCUGGUGGACAGUCUCGAUCGCUUAGUGUUGACGAUGCACCCGCGCCUCAAAGGCAAGGGCAAAGGCGCAGUCGAGCCUGAAGAGGAGCACCACGGCCGGUCGCUGGAGGAAAAGGAAAAGGUCUUCGGCGGCCUUACGGUUGCAGACGGCAAGCGAUCCCUCCAGGACAAUGGCGACGCCAUCGACGAUACCCUGGCGCUUCUCGUGGGCAUCGAAGGACAGGUUCGCAAGGACAAGGCGCGCAAACGCAGCCGAAGCCCCCAUGACGACUCGCGACGACGAAGACGAGAUAGAUCACGAUCCAGAGAAGGUCGCAAGCGAGAAAGGUUUCGGUCGCGCUCACGAUCACAAGACCGAGGCGACGAAGACUGGCGCGACGGAUACAGAGAUUCGCGAAAGAGCCGCCACAGACGCCGAGACGACCGCGACGAUGACGAUGACAGAUUCAGACGAGCGCCUGCUCCAGAAACGGAUGACGAGCCCAUACUCAACAAAGUAUACAAAGGUCAUGUUACAGGAAUCAAAGACUUCGGUGCAUUCGUCAAUCUGCACAACGUUCGCGGGCGCCAGGAUGGUCUCGUGCACAUUUCCAAGAUUGCGGCCCACCAGCGCGUGAACCACCCCUCGGAUCUCCUAGAAAAGGGUCAAGAAGUAUGGGUCAAGGUUAUUAGCGCCGAAGGCAAGCGUAUCAGCCUCUCCAUGGCGGCCGUCGACCAGUCCUCGGGAAUGGAUAACGAGCCACAAGAGAGAAUCUCGUCUGGAGCAAACUUGGAAGCGCUGGGUGGAGCUAGCCGAGGAUUCUAUGAUGCGCCAACCAACAUGCCACGAGACGAUAUCGGCGCUCCAAGAAAACAUAAGAAGAGAAUGACAUCACCUGAACGCUGGGAGAUUCGACAGCUAAUUGCAUCGGGUGUGGCUAAAGCGUCUGAUUACCCCGACUUGGAAGAGGAUUACAAUGCUACCCUGCGUGGAGACGGAGAGAUGGAGCUUGAGGAGGACGUUGAUAUCGAGGUUCGCGAAGAAGAACCCCCCUUCCUCGCGGGCCAGACAAAACAGUCGCUGGAACUGUCGCCGAUUCGUGUUGUCAAGGCACCUGAUGGUUCUAUGAACAGAGCUGCCAUGUCCGGUACAGCCCUGGCCAAGGAGAGAAAGGAAUUGAAACAGCAAGAGGCGGACGCUGCCAAGGAAAAGCCCAAGGAAAACUUGGCCUCACAGUGGCAAGAUCCCAUGGCUGACCCCGACAAGAGGCAGUUUGCCAGCGACUUGCGCACUGCUAAGAUGAAUGCUAGUGCAGAUGAUGUCCCGGAGUGGAAGAAGGCAAUUGUCCCGCGCAACCAGACACUAGGCAAACGAACAAAUCUGAGCAUGAAAGAGCAGCGCGAAAGCUUGCCUGUGUAUGCGUUCCGCUCGCAGCUUAUCAAGGCUGUGCGCGAGAACCAGAUUAUGAUUGUUGUUGGCGAGACUGGCUCCGGCAAAACUACACAGCUGACUCAGUAUCUUGCAGAAGGUGGCUUUGCUAACGACGGAGUCAUUGGCUGCACACAGCCGCGACGAGUCGCAGCCAUGUCUGUGGCAAAACGUGUCGCCGAGGAAGUUGGCUGCAAGCUGGGAGAGGAAGUCGGUUACUAUGUCCGUUUCGACGACAUGACAGGCCCUCUGACCAAGAUCAAGUACAUGACGGAUGGUAUGCUUCUCCGAGAGAUUCUCGGUGACCCUGAUAUGAAGCGUUACUCGGUCAUUAUGCUGGACGAAGCGCACGAGCGUACCAUCUCAACCGAUGUGCUCUUUGCACUACUCAAGAAGGCUCUGAAACGCCGUCCUGAUCUCAAGAUUAUUGUCACUUCUGCCACCCUCGAUGCCGACAAAUUCUCCAUGUACUUUAACGAAUGCCCAAUUUUUACGAUUCCUGGCCGAACAUUCCCUGUCGAGAUUCUCUACUCCCGAGAGCCUGAAUCUGAUUAUCUCGAUACCGCGCUGGUCACCGUUAUGCAGAUCCACCUGACGGAGCCAAAGGGCGACAUUCUCCUUUUCCUUACAGGCCAAGAAGAAAUCGAUACCGCGUGCGAGGUGCUAUUCGAGCGAAUGAAAGCCCUAGGGCCUGGAGUUCCUGAGCUUCUCAUUCUACCCGUAUAUGCUCAGCUGGCAAGCGAGGCGCAGAGCCGAAUUUUCGAUCCUGCCCCGCCCGGCACCAGAAAGGUUGUCAUUGCCACGAACAUUGCCGAGACGUCUAUCACGAUUGAUGAGAUUUACUACGUCAUUGACCCUGGUUUCGUCAAGCAGAGCGCUUACGAUCCCAAACUGGGCAUGGACUCGCUGAUUGUUACUCCUGUCUCCCAAGCGCAGGCGAACCAAAGAGCUGGACGUGCUGGACGUACCGGCCCCGGAAAGUGCUUCCGCCUCUAUACCGAAGCCGCAUACCAAUCAGAAAUGCUGCCGACCACGAUUCCUGAAAUUCAGCGCACCAACCUGGCACACACAAUUCUCAUGCUCAAGGCCAUGGGCAUCAACGAUCUGCUACACUUUGACUUUAUGGACCCUCCGCCGGUCAAUACUAUGCUUACAGCCCUGGAAGAAUUAUAUGCUCUCAGUGCUCUCGAUGACGAAGGUCUGCUUACGCGUUUGGGUCGGAAAAUGUCCGACUUUCCAAUGGAACCUUCAUCGGCCAAGGUCCUCAUCACGGCGGUAGACUAUCAGUGUUCCGACGAGAUGCUCAGCAUCGUGGCCAUGUUGAAUCAGCAAACCGUCUUUUAUCGUCCCAAGGAGAAGCAGACGCAGGCAGAUCAAAAGAAGGCCAAGUUCCACGACCCGCACGGCGACCACCUCACACUUCUCAAUGUAUACAAUUCGUGGAAGCUCAGCGGCUACUCGAGUCCGUGGUGCUUUGAAAACUUUAUCCAGGCACGCUCGAUGCGCCGCGCCAAGGAUGUGCGUGACCAGAUCCUGCGCAUCAUGGAGCGCCAUCGCCACCCGGUCAUCUCGUGUGGCCGCGACACGCAAAAGGUGCGAAGGGCGCUCUGUACAGGAUUCUUCCGGAGUGCUGCGCGCAAGGACCCUCAGGAGGGCUACAAGACGCUGACCGAGGGCACGCCGGUGUACCUGCACCCUUCUUCGGCGCUGUUUGGCAAGCACGCGGAGUGGGUCAUUUACCACGAGCUGGUCCUCACGACCAAGGAAUACAUGCACUGGACGACGGCGAUUGAGCCCAAGUGGCUGGUGGAGGCGGCGCCGACGUUCUUCAAGGUGGCGGCCACGGACAAGCUGAGCAAGAGAAAGGCGCAAGAGAGGAUUCUACCGCUUUACAACAAGUUUGCCGGCGAGGACGACUGGAGACUGAGCGCGCAGAAGAGGGGAGGACGUGGUGGUGGCGGUGGUACCUGGGGCUAA